AUGUGCAAAUGGGAAGUGACUAAGGGUGCCUCAGCCUGGUCCCACGUGUCCUGCCUCAGCGUCCUGCUGCUUCUGCUCCUGUGCUCGGCUCUGCCCGUGGCCUGCCAUGACGGCCACGGAACCCUGCGCUCCCCCAGGGGGGCUAGCUCUUCGUCCUCCGUGGUGGUGGGCCGCCAUGUGCGCAGUUAUAGUCACCUCACGGGUGACGUGCGCAAGAGGAAGCUCUUCUCCUACCAGAAGUUUUUUCUCAGGAUUGAUCAAAACGGUACCGUCAACGGCACCAAGAGCAAAGAUGAUCCAUUCAGUAUACUCGAAAUCAAGUCUGUGGAUGUCGGCAUUGUGGCUAUCAAGGGGCUUGACAGCAACUACUAUCUUGCAAUCAACAAGAAAGGGGUGGUGUAUGGCGCGAAAGAGUUUGGCACUGACUGCAAGCUGAUCGAGAGAAUCGAGGAGAACCGGUACAACACCUACGCCUCUGCUGAGUGGAGAAACAAAAAGAAGCCUAUGUUCGUGGGCCUGAACAACAGUGGCAAGACCGUGAGGGCCAAAAAGACACGUCGAAAAAACACUACUACACACUUCCUGCCCAUUCCCAUUCCAUAG